GUCAGAUUGUGCGGAGGACUGUGAGUUUCUGCUGUGUUUCUGUGCAGGUUUUGCAGACGCUGAGCUGUUCGAGGUGAAUGCAGAAUGGCCAGCGCAGAGAGUUCAGCGUCAUCAGCAGAGAACGGAGAGAACGGCAGCGGCGCUCAGGACGGCACGUUCGAGUGCAACAUCUGUCUGGACACGUCCAAAGACGCCGUCAUCAGUCUGUGCGGACAUCUCUUCUGCUGGCCGUGUCUGCAUCAGUGGCUGGAAACCAGGCCAAACAGACAGGUGUGUCCCGUUUGUAAAGCCGGCAUCAGUCGAGAUAAAGUGAUCCCGCUGUACGGCAGAGGCAGCACCGGACAACAGGACCCCAGGUGCAGGAUGAUGUUUGAGCUUAUAAACAUGACUAUAAAUCAUGCGAGAGCUGUAGAUCGUCUCUUCAUGAAUGUGUGUUUAUAUGGAUCUGAGCGUUCAGUGUGUUUGCAGGGCUUUCAGGGCUUCGGCUUCGGCGAUGGAGGCUUCCAGAUGUCUUUCGGUAUCGGGGCUUUUCCUUUCGGGAUCUUCGCUACAGCAUUUAAUAUCAAUGACGGACGACCGCCUCCAGCAGCUCCAGGAAGCCCUCAGCACACGGAUGAGCACUUCCUGUCCCGCCUCUUCCUGUUCGUGGCGCUCCUCAUCAUGUUUUGGCUGCUUAUUGCCUAAACGCUGACGAACUGUGUUCAUCGUCCUCGUCGGAGGACACUGUUCAGUUUUCUUCCCAGAUAUGAUUUUAAUAAACACAUAAGUCUUAUUUCACUCACUGUAGCAGAGCAAGUAGAACUUAUAUGAAUGCAUAAAUAAUAUACAUCCUAACAAUAACUUCAGAUUUUCAUCGCAAUGUCUUUCUUUUGUGCAAAACUGCGUUUGCACAGUGACUCAUUUCACUAAUUAAAGUCUGUUCUGUUAAACUAACGUUAUCAUGAUAACUGAUUUUACGUAUAUUUAAACAUUUUGG